AUGGUCAUAGAACCAAAAAUUGCAAAAUUUGGAUUGCCUGGAAAAGCAUAUGACGUAGCAGAUAAUAAAGCAAUAUUUGAAUUCGCUUCAAUGACACCUGAUUGUUAUGUAGAGCUUGCAAAAAAAUGCAUGAAUGAACGUCCAUCAGAACGGCCAAUCGCUAGAGAAAAGAAUAAAAUAGAGUUAGUGGAUGAAAAUCAAAAAGAAUUAGAGGAUGAAAGUCUACUUAAAAUAAAAUCAGAAUUUUUGAAAGCUGAUAAAAUUAUUCCAGCGUUGUCAACAACUUUAACAACUUUACAUUAUCGAGACGCUAUAUAUAUGCGAUCUCAGCAUAAUUCAUAUGAGAUUCGAUUCAAUCUUGAAGUUCCAUAA